CUUCUUUGAAUCGCACAUCUUGUGAACAUAAUUGUCUCUUCAUCGUUCAUCGUCUAUUACUGUUAUACUACUUUGUUUCUACCCCGCCGCACCCCUCAUAACAUACCAGCAACAGCUUUUCGUUAAGCGUAUUACCACCAACCGCCGCGAUGGUUUUGGACUACAGCAAAUGGGAUGCUCUUGAACUGUCUGAUGAUUCGGACAUUGAGGUUCACCCUAAUGUCGACAAGCGCUCCUUCAUUAGAGCGAAGCAGGCUCAGAUCCAUCAGCAACGGCACCAGCGCCGUAUGGAGAUUGACACUCUAAAGUACGAGCGAAUUAUCAACGAUGGUCUCCUCUCACGUAUUGAUAAGCUCCUCGCAUUGCUUCGCGAGCAUGAAGGAUCUUCACGGGAUCCUGAGGAGCUGGUCUUUCAGGCCGUGAUGGAAUCGGCAAGCAACCCCGCUGAAGACCAGGCGCCUGUCCCACCGGAGGGCGUUCAUACACACGAAAAGGAGCAGCCGAAGUACUCUCAGAUGCUAAGUUCUUUAGUCGAUCAAGUUAAGAAGGAGAUCGGCGAGUCGAGUCCCGAUAGCCGAUACCAGGCAUACAUCAAAGGUGUAGAAGGUCACCAGGACAAAGUUCAGGGGUUACAGAAAGAAUUGCUCUCUCGCCUUGCGCAGCUGGAGAAGGAAGAGUCCAGCAAGAUUACGAGCGAUAUGCUGCAUACUGGAUUCGACACAUCCUACGUAUCAAAAUCAAAGGAUAAGGGCAAGGCACCGGCUACGGCGAAAUCAGAAUCUGUGGAACUUCUAAAUCCACGUGCAGUACAAGAUGAUGCCCCGAAAGCUGAUGAUAAUGAGCAAGGCGACCCGGACGACGUCAAAGCGAGCGAUCUGGCCAAGAAGUUUGCUCGCAUCAACCGUAAUGACUAUAGGGCAUUGCUUCAAUUUAUCUCGGACCACCCGGAGAUUGUCGCAGAGAAAGAGACGGAUGGCCUUCUAGUUGAAGCUUUCAACAGCCAGAUGGAAGGAAAGGAGGAGUAUGCUCGUCAGUGCGUACACCAGGGGCUGUUGUUGCAAUAUUGCCGCUCUCUAGGUCGAGACGGGAUCUCACUUUUCUUCAAGCGUAUCACGACUAAAGACCAUCAAGCGGCGACACUUUUCCGCAACGACGUGAACGAAACCUACAACAAAAUUAAAACCCGUGCGGCGGAACUCGCCAAAGACAGCUCGGCUGCCAAUGAUCCUGCUGGAGUAGAGCAGAUUCAAUUGCAUGCCGUCGAUCCUAACACCAAGAUCACUAUUAAUAUCCCACCCGCAGACAGCAAUGACCCGGCAGAGAUCGAAGCUCGCAAGAUUUUCGAGUCCUUCUCGGAGGAUCUGCAGAAGGCAUUGGCCUCGGAGUCCCUUGAUGAAGUCAACAAAGUACUUGGUAAAAUGCCCGUCAACGAGGCCGAAGAAGUUGUGGAGAAGCUCGGGGCUGGCGGCUUGCUGAGCCUUGAGGAAGGCAUCGUUGAUGCGACCACAGAAGAAGGCAGGAAGAAGCUUGAGGAAAUUGAAGCUGAGGGCAGAAAGGAAAAGCAUGUUGAAGAGAUUGGUGAACCUGGCGGAGAUGUUACCGAGUUGGAUUAAAGCAACUGGUGAAUGUUAUAGUUACUCUUUGAGCCGAGUGAGUUCAGUCAUCCAUUCUGCUCAAUGUAUUGCAGACAGUAUCCGGGGUUGUUUUCUUCGGCUUUGAAGGAUGUCAAUCAAGACCAUGUAACAAGCGCCACUUGUCGGCAAUCUACUGCAUGCUACCCUAGGUUUAACCUUGGGCGAAUUAUGUAGAUCCUCUACGGUGAAGCCGUACGGAAGGCGACCAUAGGAGCAGGUAAUUCAUACGUCCAUUCAACGAGGAUGAUAAAGAGGAGGGGAAAUACCAAGGUUUAAAUACACGGGUGCCAGAAGGAUAUGUCAGUAGUAAAGGAA